AUGUUCAAAUCGUCGCGAUGGUGGCUCCUUCGCAAUGUCUCUAGGCUGCUUACGUCAGGAGCGCACCGUGUCGAGUUCGCGGACUUUUGGAUGGGAGAUCAAUUUUGCAGCCUGAUUUUCACUUUGGGCAAUCUGUACUAUGUUGUUUGCGUGUAUGCGACCGGCUUGAAUCCGGAUUGGAGGCGGUGCACCACGAACCAUGGCCCGAAGUGGGGCGUCCCCUUCCUUCUAGCGUCACUGCCGCUUUUGGCACGUCUUGUGCAGUCUGUCAAACGCUAUGUCGACUCGGGCCUGGUGACACACUUGAUCAAUGGCGGGAAGUAUGGUUCUGGUAUCGUACAGUACCUGUUCUAUUUCCUGUGGCGAUCUCAAGGUGGUGCUCGCGGCCCUAUAUUUGUCGCAUGGUGCGUCUUCGCGACCAACUACUCGCUCUACGCUGGAGCUUGGGACCUUUUGAUGGACUGGUCCCUUCUCCGACCACACGCCCCUUAUACUCUGCUGCGGCAUGAGAUGCUAUACAACAAUGCCAUACCCUUCUAUUACUUCGCUAUCGUCACCAACAUCCUAAUCCGUUUCAUCUGGGUAAUUUACAUUCCUGAAAAAGGGCCGAACUUUAUCAUACGAACGUUCAUCGCCGGGAUGCUCGAGGUCCUUCGCCGAUGGCAGUGGAACUUCUUGCGUCUCGAGAACGAACACCUCGGAAACGUCGAUCAGUACCGAGUCACCCGGGAAGUACCCCUGCCGUAUUCUCAUGAAAUUCCCUCGCACGACUCGGACGCAGAUAAUGACGAGGACGCCCGGACGCACAGGAGCGUUUCCUCGAGCAAAUCUUGGCGCAUGCGUCGCAGUAGACCUCUGGAUCCCGACGACGAAGUUGCUGCUGAGAGUGGAGGGAUACCAAACAAUUGA